GCCAAAAAAAAACCUAUGGCAAAAGCUCAGGGAAGAGAGGCGACCCAUAUUCGUCAUGGCGCCUCUGUCCAAUGUAACAGAUCCUUCUUUUCGGAGAAUAAUAGCCAAGUACGGAAAACCAGAUGUUCUGUUCACAGAGUUUGUUUCGGCGGCGGGUUUGGUUAGAAGCGAGUCUCGGCAACGGCUCUUGAUAGAUUUGAUCUAUGACGAAAGUGAGAGGCCCAUUGUCGCUCAGCUCUUCGGUGCCGAUCCACAGGAGAUGUACGAAGGCGUGCAUAUCAUCAAAGGCCUCGGCUUUGAUGGGGUCGACAUCAAUAUGGGCUGUCCGGACAGAGCAGUUGUGAAGCAAGGAUGCGGUUCAGGAUUAAUAGACAGGCCCGAGUUGGCCCAACAGAUUAUUAAGGCUGCGAAGAAAGCGGCCGACGAGCCUAGCGACGGUAGUGUAAAGUCCGCCGUCAGGCCGUUUGGCGUUUCAAUCAAGACUCGCAUUGGGGGAAACAAAGAAUGCCUCGACAGUUGGCUGCCUUAUCUGCUAGAAAUGGAGCCAGAUGCCCUGACGCUUCACCUGAGGACAAGGAAGGAGCAGUCGCUGGUACCCGCGCACUGGACGGAGGAAGUGAUUGGCAAGGCGGUUGACAUUGUCAAGAGAAAGUUCCGAGGCAAAUCCCUCAUACUCGGAAAUGGAGACGUAAAGGACAUACAGGAGGCCAGGGAGAAAGUGGAUAGAUGGGGCAUAGACGGAGUCAUGCUUGGCCGAGCUAUAUACGGGAACCCGUGGCUGUUUAAAGAGUAUUGUGCGACACCGCAGCAGAAAAUAAGUGUGCUUCUAGAACAUACAAAAUUAUACCAAGAAAUUUUGAGUACACACAAAUCUAUGGCGUACAUGAAAAAGCAUUACAAGGCGUAUGUGACGGGGUUCGAAGAAUGCAGCCAAUACAGAAUGAAGAUGAUGAAUUCGGAAUCUAUGGAGGAAUUGGAGCAGAUAGCCGACGAAGUCAUUCAAAUGCUAGAUUCUAAGAACUCCGCCGGUUGA